AUGGCCCCGAAUACAGAAAGUCGCAUAACCGGUGUCUUGGAUGAAAAUGAUACCGAUACCAUCGAUGGAGGCUUGGCCAAAGAUAUAACACCAUUGAAAGGGGCCGAGAAACGAAAAGUCGAAUUGGUCUGGUUCAAUAUAAUCGUAUUUGUGUAUCUAGCGUGUAGUGCCUUCUAUGGGGCAUAUCUUUUUUUUGCAAGAGCUUAUAAAUGGCAAACUUAUAUAUGGUUCUUAUUCACCCUGUACAUGACAGCAUUUGGCAUUACGGUGGGUGCGCACCGUUUGUGGUCACAUCGUUCGUAUAAGGCUAAAUUACCGCUGCGUUUAAUAUUGCUCUUCUUCUCGACAAUGGCUUUUCAAAAUUCCAUCUAUGAAUGGUCACGCGAUCAUCGGGUCCAUCAUAAAUUCACCGAAACCGAUGCUGAUCCGCAUAAUGCUAUGCGUGGUUUCUUUUUCUCGCAUGUCGGCUGGUUGCUGUGCAAAAAACAUCCCGACGUUAAGACAAAGGGCAAGACAAUUGAUAUGUCCGAUUUGGAAGCUGAUCCGAUGCUAAUGUGGCAGCAUAA